AGUUGCUUCUCGCCUUGAAGAAGAAAGAUAUGGUUGUUCAAUUUCCGGAUGCAGAGUUUCUAGAACACAAGAGCAAGGAGACAUGGGGUCAGCUUGAUCUUCUAGAGCUUCUUGAUUUUCUUGAGAUGUUUCCUAAGCUGAAGAUUUUAAAAUUUUCUCAAUACCAGUUGGAGGAUUUUGAUCCCAUCGUUAGGACGACAUUCCCCCGUCCCUCACUGCUCCAUCUAAAUACAGUUGAGAGUACUUGGUCUGCAGAAGACCCCUCACUAAUUCCAUUUAUAGAAUUUCUCUUGCAAAAUGCUCCCUUGCUCCACAAGCUCGUGUUUCGUCUUACGUCGUCGUGUAGAGAAAAUCGCAAGUACUACUUAAUGGUCGAAGAGAAGGUGCGAAGUAUGCCAAGAUCCUCCCCAACUGCUGAGGUUAUUAUAACCAAAUACAAAUCGUUUCAAUUACUCAACGGAGCUUAUUAUAAAUGGAGUCAGCAUUUGCUUUAAUUACUUUUUACUGAUCCUGUUUUGGUUAUUUGCAUUAUCUGUUUCUAGAUAUGGAGUCAGCAUUUGCUUUCAAUUACGUUUUUAAGCGGCAUCCCCGUUGAUGAAUAUUCAUGUUUUUCAUAUAUAUUAGCGACU